GCUCGGAGGCGGCGGCGGCGGCGGCGGCAGCGGCGCGGUCGGGGCCAUCGAUCCAGGUGUCACGCCUUCAGCAUGGCUGUGCAGGACGCGCGCCCCAACCACACGAUCUACAUCAACAACCUCAACGAGAAGAUCAAGAAGGAUGAGCUGAAGAAGUCCCUUUACGCCAUCUUCUCCCAGUUUGGCCAGAUCCUGGACAUCCUGGUGUCCCGGAGCCUGAAGAUGCGGGGCCAGGCCUUCGUCAUCUUCAAGGAGAUCAGCAGUGCCACCAAUGCCCUGCGGUCCAUGCAGGGCUUCCCCUUCUACGACAAGCCCAUGAGGAUUCAGUACGCGAAGACGGACUCGGACAUCAUCGCGAAGAUGAAGGGAACCUUCGUGGAGCGCGACCGCAAGCGGGAGAAGAGGAAGCCCAAAGGCCAGGAAACUCCCGCAUCCAAGAAGGCGAUCGCUGGGGCUGCCGCUCCGGUCGCGUCUGCCGUCCAGGGGGCCGUUCCCGGAAUGCCGUCGAUGAACCAGGCUCCCCGCAUGAUGCACCACAUGCCGGGCCAGCCGCCCUACAUGCCGCCACCAGGCAUGAUCCCGCCGCCCGGCAUGGCUCCCGGUGGGAUCCCUCCCGGGGCCAUGCCCCCCCAGCAGCUCUCGGAGAACCCGCCCAACCACAUCCUCUUCCUCACCAACCUCCCCGAGGAGACCAACGAGCUGAUGCUCUCGAUGCUGUUCAACCAGUUCCCCGGGUUCAAGGAGGUGCGGCUGGUGCCGGGCAGGCACGACAUCGCCUUCGUGGAGUUCGAUAACGAGGUGCAGGCGGGGGCCGCCCGCGACGCGCUGCAGGGCUUCAAGAUCACCCAGAACAACGCCAUGAAGAUCUCCUUCGCCAAGAAGUGAUCCGGCGGGCGCCGAGCUCCCAGGACUGCUCCCCCCAGCCCCACCUCUCGGUCCCCAGGCAGCCCCCUCGCCAGGGCUCGCUCGCUUGUUUCCCCUCCCUCCCCCCCGAAGGUAAGUCUGUCCCCGAGGCUGGCUGAGUCCUUGCCCCCAGCCCCUCUCCUUCCCCCCGCGGCACGCCGGGGCCGAACGGAGCCGGACCUCGGCCUGCCGCCUCCACCGCGCCGCCGGGCGGGUAAGUGACGCCGUCGCGGCGCUCGGCCCCUCCGGCUCGGCCGCGGGGCGACACUCGGUGCCGGAGGGAGGAGGGCAGCAGCGGGGAAGGGCGGCGGCGGCGGCGGCUGAACCCGUUGGCAAAGCAUUGUACCCAGAGUCUGUUCCUCAGACAUUGCACCUGGAGCUUGCUGUUCUGGAAUAAAACCCUCGUUCACUUUUCAAA